GAGGAUCGGCGUGCGGACACACUGACCUGCUCAGUGGCGGCGUCACGGAAAACGUACAGGAAAAUGGACGAGUAGACCUGUCGAAACGUAAAUGUCCAAACUGCUCUGUGGCGGGUAUAGUCUCAUCGACGAAGAAGAAGAAGAAGUCACAACAACUGCUUUUGGUGCUGGAGAAAGUGUUUGUUCGGGUCGUCAGAGCUCGUUACUCGUGGAUGCGAGCGUCUUUGUUGGCGCAAUCAGAUCUGCGUCCUCGUUUGGAGUCGAUAAAUAGGUGCUUCUAUCGGGAUGGCUGUCCGCAGGUUUCUGCCUGGCCCUUUUCUGGGGCUGGCCAGUCUCCUUGUGCUGACUUCGGCGGGAAUGGUGCAGUCAAUCCCGCGUCUAUUCACGGUCAUUAACUCUGCGACCUGCCGCUACCGUUAUCAAUUGCCGACUGACAAGGUGGGAACGUGUGACUAUCCGCGUUGCUGGGUGGCUCCAAACCUCCUCCUUACCGAAAAUGUCACAGUGCCUUUUGCAAGCGAAGAGAUAUGCAUCGUGCGUGCACCGCGUGAUUCAUCAUACAUCGAGCUUUUCUUCGAGCUGCCUGACACCAGCUUUUCGAGCCCGGAUUGCAAUAAGAACACGGUGUACAACCGCGUCCUGGUGCAGAAGGUACUUGGCAAUGGCACUCAACUCAAAACCGUUCAAAAUGGAGCGUUCCAUUACGAAAUAGCUGUCGGCAGCGCAUCAGAUCCUUGGUGUCGCUCCAAGAACCUCGUGCCCGUCCAGGUACCCUCCUCAGACCGCUGCGGAGUGACGGUCAAGAUUGAAUAUCUGCACUUUAACAGUUACUACGAAGGCAACUGGCAGUUCGUCGUUCAACCUCUGACCGGAACAGGUUUGCCACCAACGAUGCGCCAAUUUGACAUUCAGUUUACAGGCAAGCCGUGCGACACGUGUUUUGCACCUGAUAGCAGUUGCGAGAGCUUGUCCUACUCUCACGUCUUUUCCGGAACCGGAUUCACUGUCGUUCCAGCGCCUGUCUACAAAAUCCCCAUCGGGUCAUCAAGGUGCUUCAGGUUCGAGGAUACAAGGGAUACAAAUGGUGGUUGGUUCAUCGCAAGAGGAGCCACGUUAGUGGUCGCUGAGCCGCUGCAGUACUCUGAGCUGGGCGACGCAAGCGACGCCGAGGCUACACACGUUACGGUGCACAAUCUUGCGCGUACAUCCGUCUAUGGAAACUAUCAGCAGUGUGUUCAUAUUGACAACAUGACGGCGUCGCUGGCCGGUUUGCUCCUAUACAAGUUCAGCAACGACUAUGCUGCCGUGAACAUGAAAACAGGGACCAUUGCCAUCCGCAUAGAGGCCGAGGUGCUGAGCAAGUUCAAGCAGGAGGAGGAAACAGGCACAAUCAAAGGUAUACAUGCGUGGUGUGCGGUUUUGACUACGAUAGUGCUUGUUUUGUGCGUUGUGGUCGGUGUAAUGUUGAGAAAGCUCAAACAAGUUGGCUACAAUGCAAUGUAAUAACAUUACAUUUGUUUGCCUUGCCAAUUUCUGUGCAGAUUCAUUCUCUGCAUCCAUACCAUCUCUCAGUUCGGUAUGCUCCUGCCCCCCCCCCCCCCUCCCACCCCCACACACACUUUCUUCAUUGUUUUUGUUAGCUACUAGGCUGUACACCUGACAUGUUUCGCCCUGGCCUCCAUUGGAAAUUAGAAAGUCCUUAUGAGCCAGUAGUAUUACAGGUAUGGUGGUGGCUGGCACAUGCGAAACUUCCUAAGCUGGUUGUGCUUCUCAACGCAAUUGUAUAGCCGUUGGUAACGCGGACGUGAAAACUUUACUUUCUUAAUUUUUAUGAGCUAGUAUCACCA